GUGUAUUUAGUCGGUGUGAUUCUGUCAGUUCGUCUCAGUUGCUAUGUUGUCUCCUGCCAAGCCUCCAGUCUGCUUCUCGGCCUGCUAGCUACCGGCCUGCUGGGUUCCAGUCUGUACCUCAGCCUGCUAGCAUCCAGCCUGCUAGCCUCCGGCUGGGAGGCCCUCCAGGAGGAAGCAUGGCUCUCACCAACGUCGGGCCUCUCAGCCGCCCAGCUCUUCGUCCUCACCGCUGCCCAGCUCUUCAUUAUCACCGCUAUCCAGCACCCCAGAGAAUCAUCUGCCCAGUGUCCCAGAGUCUCAGCUGAUCAGUGUCACAGAACUGUCAUCAGUCCUGCCUGGUCCCCAGUCUUCCCAGUCUGCAGUCCAGCUCCUGCUCCUGGUAUCCAGUUGGCAGCCUGGCCGAUACCAGUUCCUGUGCUGCAGCAACCCACUGAGCCUGAGCUGCAGUUGAUUCUUGUUCCUGCGGAGCUACAGCUGUAUCCAGUUUCUGCACUGCAGCAAUCUCCUGUUUCUGCUGAGCUGCACCUGUCCCCAGGUUCUGUACUGCAGCAACUCGCUGAGCCUGAGCUACAUCUGUCUCCAAAAUGAUGGAUGGUGACCUUUGACCUUGACGUUCCCCUGACCCAACCCUCCCAGUCCCAGCCAAUGAGAGAGGAGAAGGUGGAGUUAGCAUGAGCCAAUGAUUGGAUUUGAUGAAAAUAAAAGAACGUAGGGUUAGUCUGAAACAUUGAAAAAAACUAAAGAUGACCAAGAGAACUGUUGACUCAACACCGGGGGGGCACCCAAGAAACAGGUAUUGUAUCUGUGUCUGGGGGUAUGUGUUCAACUAUAGCGUGAAUGAACUUUGUUUUUACCAGUUGGAGGAAGGGGAACCUUUUGGACCCAUUAAUGUCAAAGCAAUGCUCACAUCAACGGACUGGGCAGUGUUAAAUCUAUUGGCUUCAAACUAUCUCAGAGGUAGCAUCGUACAAAAAACAGCAGAGCAGCAGCAACAAACAACCAUAGGAAAGGAACCUGCAACAAAAGAAAAACUGACACAAACAAUUGCACAGGUGAACAAGGCCUGUCUUCACAACCUCAAACUGACGAGACACAUUGAAUACAAACUUUUCAGACUGUAUGACACGCUGAUCAGAGAAGACGUUACCAAGGACUAAGUGAUGGAAGCAGCUCUCAAAGAGACCCGUUGCAGACCUCCCGUCACACACGUCCUUUCCUAAACACCCAGUGCUGCCCUGCAUCCCCGAGCAGUGGGUCAAAGAGACACGCUGUGGCCCUCCCGUCAUCACAGGUAUCCUUUCUUAAAAAACCCAGCGCUGCCCCGAGCCCUCAGCCCAUCACUGGUCCUUUCCUAAAACACGCACUGCUGCCCUGCAUCCCCGAGCUAUGAUCCUACAAGGGGAGAUGAGACUGACUCUGAAGUUGGGUAUGUUAGCCAGUCCACAGGUAGAGAGCUUCGGUACAACCCUGUGGCGACGGGAGGAUGAUCACUGGCAGACGGACGAUGAGCUUGAUGACCUUGACUGGUACCGUGGUGUGGAUCACCGCAGAGCUCCGGUUUCUUUGUGGGAUUUUGCUGACACCAAUGCCACCCGACACCCUGCUCUGGAGGCUGAGCAGAUGCUAUGCAAGUGUUUGCUUUUGUGGGGGUCAUUCGUAGGAUCACUGGGCAACAAAUGGUGGGGUUCGGUCCCUGAAGAGGAGAUCGAGUCUGCCCUGAGCGACCCGAGGGUCGACAUUGGAGCUAUUGCCAUCGCUGCGUACCGCGGGCCCCUACCUGUAGGACUGUGUAGUCUUACGAUGAAGACCCUCCAUGCCAUCCUAGGCUGUUCUGUGAUCACACUGGAAGGCGUGAACAGAUGCAGCGACUUUGUACAACAUGCAUUUUCGGAUGACGAUAUGCUAGCAGAGCUGAUCGACAAAGUCAAAAAUGGAUACUUGAUCUCCUUACAAACAGGAGACCCGGGACUCGUAGAAUGCCAUGGAGCAUGACUCUGAGGAGGAUCAGGGGCUCUGUCACUAGAGAGCGGAUUGAGUCUUUCAUGAGUAGACCUAUGAGACGUGAUGGAGACGUUGUUGUCUCGGCACCCUCCGGUACUGUGUCCCGAGAAGUGUUCUCCAUUACGGUGAAGACCAGGGACUUUGUGCUCACGUUUCCCGUGGUUGGCCGUGGAGGCAUGUACAUGUGUGACUUGGUACACGGUGACUUUGUGGAUCCUCUUGCCUUGAUAAAACAGCUGGUAGAUUACCUUUGAAGUGGUCAUAAAGUCUGAUUAUGUGUCCAUUCCUUGAUUAUAUAUAUUCCUUUAGACCGUAAGGAUCCACCGAUCAAAAUAAUCAAAACGUUUUUUUCAUAAAAAAAUAAUCCAAGUUGUGGAUAUUAUCAUGUGAAGUCCAUUGCUCACUUGUCUGCUAACUUUGUUCAUCAAACAAAGACCGCACUUUAACUGACAAACAAUAUUUUCUCUUCUUCCUGCACCAUGUUGUUGGGUAUGCUUGUUUUCGUUUUGGACACCAGUGCCACCACAAACAAAAAACUCCCUAGCUCCCAUAUGGUUAGGCCUACAGGUCUGGAAUUUUACACAGGUGUGGCUGACAAGAUGUAGAAGGUAUGUUGUGAUUUGCAUAGUUAUGGCAUCACGCAUUUCAUAAUUAUUGUUAUUCAAAAAUUACCUAUUAUAGACAAGGACCAAUUGUUUGAACUCAUGUGUUUUAGCCACAUGAUAAACAAGCAUUUUCAGAAACUAAAAGAUGUUACCUUUCAAAUAAAGCCUCAUAAAUGUAUUUGGGCCUCACAGUUCUUCUAUUAUAAGCUUUUCCAUUUGGGUAUGCCAAAUGGGCAAAAAUUCCCAAAAAAGAGGUUAAUUGAGUUCCUAACCUGUGGCUCAGGUGUUGAUUAUUUAAUUACAGUCUGUUACAUUACUGUUUUACAUCACCCCGGAAAUAUAUAGCUAUGUACAUAAAUAUGUCAUCUUAAAUGAAUGUAUCCCGGCGCUGGAACAUGUUGCAGCUGGUUAUUUUUCUCUGUUUUAAAUUAGUAGGUGUGAUGACAGCAGGUAAUAGGUUUGACGACACCAAAAGUAAAAAUUGUUUUAUGGUGUUAUUGUUUUUUGAUUUUUUUUUGGGGGGUUUAAAGUUACAGUUGUGCCAUGCUGCACUGAACACAAUUUGGACCUGAGAUCAAUAAUUUUUUUGCAUCUCAUUAUCACUUGGAGUCGCCAAGAAAUAGUUACAGGAUAUAACCCUCUGUAAACCACAACCUGUAGUUUCAAUAAUUCUGUGUACGAAUUAAACAAACAAGAUAUAACCUGUUAAUUAAUGAACAUUAGAGAUACUG